AUGAAGUUUAUUACUACUGUUCUCAGUCCUGGGGCUUUACUGGCAUCAGCAUUGAUCCUUCCAACUGCCCCAGGUCCUACUUCUGAUCAUGGACCCCCUACUGUCAACUUAUCCAAUGGCACAUACAGAGGCAUCUACAACCGACAUUACCAUCAAGACUUCUUUCUCGGUAUGCCAUACGCCAAAUCUCCCGUCCAUGAUCUCCGACUGCGGCCCCCACAGCCUCUCAACAGCACCUGGACAGAUGUCCAGGAAGCGACGGAAUACUCACCGUCGUGUAUUGGCUACGGAAGCGACACUUGGGUCCUGGGCAAUCAUGUGUCUGAAGAUUGUCUGACUAUCAACGUCGUUCGCCCAGCCGGCUUACCUGUUGGUGCCAAACUCCCAGUUGCUGUCUGGAUCCAUGGUGGUGGCUGGGUGAACGGUGGAAGUUCGGACCCCCGAUACAAUCUCUCGUUCAUCGUCGAACAAUCUGUCAGGAAAGGCAUGCCCAUCAUUGCCGCGAGCAUGAAUUAUCGUCUCCACGCCUGGGGAUUUCUUCACAGCGCCGAGCUUGCUGCCGAAGGAUCAACAAACCUUGGUUACCGAGAUCAACGACUGGCCCUACACUGGCUCAAGGAAAACAUUGCUGCUUUCGGCGGAAAUCCAGAACGGGUCACUAUCUGGGGCGAGAGUUCCGGAGCUUUCUCUGUUGGGUCCCAGCUCAUCGCAUACGGGGGUCGAGACGACAAGCUCUUCAGUGCGGCCAUCCUCCAAAGUGGAUCACCUUUGACCUUUGGGCUCAAACCUCAGACCUCAAAGACUUGGGAGCCAUAUUGGACUAAGCUCCUGCAUACUACAAAUUGCUCUGGAGCAGAGCCACUUGCAUGUCUGAGAAAAAUCUCAACAAAGGAACUCAGCGCGGUUUUUAACAGCUCGUUUGCUUCGCCGCCAGGUUGGGGCCAGGUGAUUGAUGCCGACUUCAUCACGGCAAGCGGAAGCUCACUACUGAAGCAGGGCAAAUUUGUCAAGGUGCCUAUUGUUAUUGGGACCAACUUUGACGAGGGCACGGAGUUUGCUCCUCAAGGAAUCAACACAACGGCUCAGUUCGCCCAAUACGUCAGAUCUGCUGGUGUUUCCAAACAAGCAGUCCGCACCGUCGAGAGGUUGUACUCUGAUGACCCUACAGUUGGCAUACCAGCUACACUGAAGAGCAGACCUGAAAGAGCCCUUGCGCACCUCGGAAAGCAAUUCAAGCGUGUUGCUGCCUUCAGUGGUGAUGUUUAUCAGCAUGCUGGUCGAAGAUUUACGACAAUGUCGUGGGCUAGACGGCAUGUGUCUGUGUGGAGCUACCACUGGAAUGUUCUCGUUGAGAAUGUUUCACCAGCCAGGGGCGCAGGCCACUUCCAAGAGGUUGUAUUUGUUUUUGAUAAUAUCAACGGUCAAGGCUAUGAAACCGUCAUCUCCAAAAACCCAAUGGCUGGAAAACCCGCCAAGUUGGUCCAGCUGGCGGAUGUUAUGUCGACAGCUUGGAUUAGCUUUAUUGUUAAUCGGAACCCCGUUAGCCAUGGUAAGACUCAAUCUCUUACCUGGCCUGAAUAUCGAGUUGGGCGUGAGAGAAAUCUGGUAUUUGAUGUGAACGUAACAGGGUUGGCUCAUAGCGAGUCGGAUACAUUCCGCCAGAGACAAAUUGCGUAUAUUAUGGACAAUCUGUAUUGA